AUGUCGAAAGAAAACAUUCACGACGAGGGGCAAGUUGUACCUGUUCGACGCGGGUCGGUCCUCUUAGGCAGCGAUGAGAAGCGAAAGCAGAGCAUCGCUCAGUUGACCGAGAAUCAAACUGGAGAAAUCCGGAAUCCUCUCGUCGGCGUGCCUCGCGAUGUGCUCAUGGCCGAUGUUGAGGCCUUUGCGAAGGAGAACCAGCUGGAAGACAUACUUCCGCUCCUACGCAAGGGCGCUCUUGCCGCACAAAACCCAACCGCCAUCGACUCGAUCCCAGAACUUGACGAAACCGACAGAGCAUUCUUGCACGCCGAGAUCACCAACAAAUGGCGCCAACCCAAGAUUCUGUACUUCACCAUCAUUCUCAACUCGAUUGCUGCUGCCAUUCAGGGUUGGGAUCAGACGGGCUCGAACGGUGCCAAUCUGUCAUUCCCCGUCUUCUUCCGCAUUCCCGACUCAGCACCACUCUGCGAACAGCCCGACCAGGGCUAUGGCUGCGAGACCAAUCAGUGGCUUGUGGGUGUAAUCAACUCGAUGCCUUACUUCGCGAUCUUCCUCCUGGUGGCAUGGAUCUCGGACCCGCUGAACCACUGGCUGGGUCGACGUCACGUCAUUUUCAUUGCUGCAAUCUUUUCGCUGCUGGCUCCUAUCGGCUCCGCGUUCACGCAGAAAUGGGGCGAGCUGAUUGCUACGCGUAUUCUCCUAGGCGUCGGCAUGGGCCUGAAAGAAGUCACGGUUCCGGUCUUCUCAGCUGAGGUUGCUCCUACCAGCAUCCGUGGCGGCUUGGUCAUGUCGUGGCAGACCUGGACAGCGUUCGGUAUCCUACUAGGUACCUCGGCCAACCUCGCAGUGAAGGACACCGGCAAGAAUGCAUGGCGUCUGCAACUAGGAUCAGCCUUUAUUCCGGCGAUCCCAUUGUUGAUCGGCAUCUACUUCUGUCCCGAAUCUCCUAGAUGGCUUAUGUCCAAGGGCCGCCACCGGAAAGCAUACGACGCGCUCUGCCGAUUCCGCAACAGCGAACUCCAGGCUGCGCGUGAGCUUUACUACAUCCAUGCUCAGAUCACCGAGGAGGAACUCCUUAUUCAGUCUUCCGGGCUGAAGGUGAACGCUGGCUUUUUCACUAGGUUCUACGAGAUCUUCACGAUUCCGCGCCUCCGCCGUGCGACACAAGCUUCUGGUAUUGUCAUGAUUGCGCAGCAGAUGUGCGGCAUCAACAUUAUCGCCUUUUACUCGUCCACCAUAUUUGUUCAGUCUGGGUUUAACUCUAGUCAAGCACUGUGGGCAUCAUGGGGUUUUGGUAUCAUCAACUUCCUCUUUGCAUUCCCUGCCAUCUGGACGAUCGACACCUUCGGGCGCAGAGCUCUACUGUUGUUCACCUUCCCGAACAUGUGUUGGACCCUACUGGCUGCGGGCUUGUUCUACCUUCUACCACAAGGAAAUGCUCAUCUUGGACUGGUGGCUCUGUUCAUAUACAUCUACGACAUGUUCUACUCGCCAGGAGAAGGUCCAGUACCAUUCACCUACUCUGCCGAAGUCUUCCCGCUAUCUCAUCGUGAAGUGGGCAUGAGUUGGGCGGUGUCAACGAACAACUUCUGGGCUACAGUCGUUUCUUUGACCUUCCCCCGCCAGCUCAAUGCGUUCGGCACUACAGGCGCAUUCGGAUUUUACGCAGCCAUGAACUUCAUAGCGUUCUGGAUGAUCUUCCUGUGGCUGCCCGAGACUAAGCAAAGGUCGCUCGAAGAACUUGACUACGUCUUCGCCGUGCCAACACGUACGCACAUGAACUACCAGCUCUUCGAAGUCCUGCCAUGGUGGUUCAAGAAGUAUGUCUUCCGCCAGAAGGGUCUUACCACUCCUCAGCUGUACAAGUUCGACAACUACUCUGAUGGCCCUUCUUUGAUGGCGCAGACUAUGAGCAAUGGCCAUCCCGAGACGGAGCAGGCCAAGGAGGUUUAG